AUGGAGGUGUUGCAUAGCACUCCUACUGAGACGUUAGGUUCUCAUCCCUUUUCUUUUCCCAUACUGUCUCCAGAGGAACAUGGCAUAGCAGAUAGAGACGACGCAGUGCCUCCGAAGACCCUCAAAGAUAGGAUAUAUCUUAGGGUGUUACAUGCGGUGCAUAACAAUGGUGGUGAGGGGAAAAAUAAUGAAGAAAACGGGCACUGUGAUGAGGCGGUGGCGGAGGACACUUUGAAUUAUACUAUUGGAAGCGAAACAGAGAGUCAAAUGUGUUUGGAUUUUGGAGAUGUUGAGGGUUUGGCUGUUGAAGAUAUUAUGCAAAAGACCUUUAGAACUGAUGAUGAUUCGUAUGAGUUCUACAAAAAUUUUGGUCAAUAUCAUGGGUUCAGUGUCCGAAAAGGGGACUCACGAAGGGAUGAUGAUGGAAAUGUUAGGAGGAUGAGUUUUUUUUGUAAUAAGGAGGGAUUGAGAGAUCCUAAGCACUAUAAUAGACUGGAUAGGAGGCGAGUACAUAACCCUGAGACGAGAACAAAUUGCAACGCGAAGUUUUCUGUUCACCUAGAUAAGAGUGCUUCCGUAUGGCAAGUGAGGAAGAUCAACAAUAACCACAACCAUGAAUUGACUCCCCAGGUAAUGGUACACCUAAUCCCAAAGUAUAGGUCAUUGACUGAAAGGGCGAAAGCGCAAAUUGAUGGAUUCCGUGAGUGCGGGAUAUCGACGGCAAAAACAAUGCGAUAUAUGGCAGGAUUGUCGGGUGGGUAUUCGUUGGUAGGAUUUGUAAAGAAGGACGCAUACAAUUAUAUUGACAAGCAAAGGCGUAAGCAAAUUGUUGACGGAGAUGCUGAAUCUGCGAUAGCCUACCUAGAAGGAAAGGCAGAGGCUGAUCCUAUGCUGAUGGCAUGGUACAAUUUGAUCGAGGAUAGAAUGCUUGCAAAUAUGUUUUGGGCCGACGGGGGAAGUAGGUUGGACUACCAAUAUUUUGGAGAUGUUCUGGCUUUCGACUCGACUUACAAAAAAAAUAAGUACAACAGACCACUGGUUAUUUUCUCAGGAUCAAACAAUCACAAGCAGACCACGAUCUUCGGCUUUGGGCUAGUGUUGGAUGAGAUGAUAGGGUUAUAUACUUGGCUAUUGAAGAGCCUAUUGGAGGUAAUGUGCCAAAAGAUGCCAUCUGUGGUUGUAACCGACGGUGAUGAAGCAAUGCGGGAAGCUGUGAGAGUGGUAUUCCCUAGAGCAACCCAUCGGUUGUGUAGGUGGCACUUUGAGAAGAAUGUCAUGUCAAAUGUAAAAGAUGCAGGAUUGCGCGCGCAAUUUAGUCGGUGGCUUUAUGCAGACAUUGCAGUUAACAAAUUCUUGACGGAAUGGAGCCAGGCUGUUGAGGAGUUUAGUUUGCAAGAUAGCCUCUGGAUAAAUCAGGUAUUCGGGAAGAAGGAUAUGUGGGCGAAUGCGUACCUAAGGGAUAAAUUUUGUGCUUGUAUAAGAACGACGUCAAGGUGUGAAGGUAUAAAUAGCGUUGCAAAGAACUUCCUUCAGUCGAAGCAUGGGAUGCUUGAACUUGUUCAAAAUUUGGAACUGAUGGUCCGUGACUAUCGAAACAACGAGUUGUUGGUGCAAUUUAGAUCAAUUGACAGCGUUCCGGUGAUAACGACAAGCUUGGAAUCACUAGAGCGUUGCGCUGCGAGUCAUUAUACACGUGCAAUAUUCGGGGAUGUUUGA